CUUUCCACUUCUUCCUCCUCUUUUUGUUCCCCCUACUGUCGCCGCCGUUAAGGUUAAUAUUCAGAGGCGGUAGUGGCGGCGAUGGCGGAUCUUUUCCCACCUCUUGCGACGGCACAAAUCGAUGCCAAAACUAAAGUUGAUGAGAAAGUUGAUUACUCGAACCUCCCUUGCCCUGUUCCUUAUGAGGAACUCCACCGUGAAGCUAUCAUGACUUUAAAGGCAGACAACUUUGAGGGUUUACGCUUCGACUUUUCCAAGGGAUUGAGUCAGAAGUUUUCUCUCAGCCACAGUGUAAUGAUGGGACCAACAGAAGUUCCUUCUCAGUCACCUGAUACAACUAUCAAAAUUCCAACAGCCCAUUAUGAGUUUGGUGCCAAUUAUUAUGACCCAAAGUUGGUGCUUAUGGGAAGGGUUAUGACUGAUGGUAGACUAAAUGCAAGAGUGAAAGCUGAUUUGACUGAUAAGUUGAUCCUAAAGGCCAAUGCUCUGCUGACAAAUGAGCCUCAUAUGUCGCAUGCAAUGUUCAACUUUGAUUACAUGGGAUCAGACUACAGGGCCCAACUUCAACUUGGCAACAGUGCUCUUAUUGGAGCAACUUAUAUUCAGAGUGUGACACCCCGUCUAUCUUUGGGUGGGGAAGUUUUUUGGGCUGGUGUGCCUCGGAAGUCUGGUAUAGGUUACGCUGCAAGAUACGAAACUGAUAAGAUGGUCGCUACUGCACAAGUUGCUAGCAUUGGUUCUUUAUCUAUGAACUAUGUUCAGAAGAUUUCCGACAAGGUCUCACUCGCCACUGAUUUUGUGUACAACUACUUUUCAAGAGAUGUUGCGGCUAGUGUUGGGUAUGACUACAUCCUGAGACAGUCUCGUGUGCGGGGGAAGAUUGAUUCCAACGGUGUAGCAUCGGCUCUCCUUGAAGAAAGAUUGAGUAUGGGACUCAAUUUUCUUCUAUCUGCAGAGCUUGACCAUAAGAAGAAGGACUACAAGUUUGGAUUCGGUUUAACAGUCGGCCAAUAA